UAUCGUCUAAUAAUGUGUAUAAAAUAUACAAAGCACCGGUGUAGAUAGGAAUUGCAAUGUGUAAUGCUCCUGUCUAAGUCUAACACAGUGGAGGAUACCUCCAAUCAAUGAGUCAGAACAGUUGCUAUGCGGAUAUACACCCACAAUGGAUAAAUCCAAUAGGAUAGAUUCAGCUAGCCAAAUAUCCGGCUCUAAUUCGGCGUCGAGAUCAAGCCUCAUCCCAUUAGCCCGGGAUGUUAUCGAACCGUCAUCGAACAGAGGACAGAAAUCAAGCACUAGGUCGACCUUAGUGGACGAAUUCAGGAAGAUGUCAAACGUAACACAUGAGGUAAGAUUCGCAAGACCCUUCGCAGCAGAAAUGAAACUACUGCCAAAUGUUAAUGUAGAUUCGAAACAGUCAUCAUUGGGGAUAUUAGAGUUGAACAGUAAAAGUAAUAUGACACAAAUAGUGGCACGAGCAUCCAUGCUCGAUCAAGCUCUCCAAUUCACAAACGCUAAUGGAUAUAAUUCACUAAAUCACCUCAAGGGAAAUAUACUUGUCCAAUUGGACAGAAACCUAGAACGUGCCAUUAUACAACGAGAUGCUAAUCUGGCAUUACAGCGUGAAGAUUGUCGAGAAGCAAACUUCGCAGACUAUGUCCAUUAUGAUCCCGUGGAACUUGGUGAUACAGAAGAACCAAGUAUUCCCGGAAACCACGAUGGAGGGACAACGCGCAUUGACGUGAAUAAUCCAUCACAACGCAUGAGAACAAUGACUGCAAACAAACGCGGUGUCGUGGAGGAAUUAGUUUCACAAGGAGCUUCCCCUACAGAUGUCGCCAAAUUAUCGGAUAUAUUUGAACACCCAUCCUGCCUCAAAGAGAUAGAUAUGGGACUAAUACCAUGGAUAAAGCAACAAACAGAAAUUGGAUACUGGAGAAAUGAAGCAGCGCUCUUUGUGUUGUGUACCACAAUGGCUAUUAGCGUGGGACAUGUGGAAACCAUGUUCAAGCUUAACACUGCAUGGUCAGGAAUGGCAUUCCUAGUACCAUAUUUCUUCGCAUAUAUACUAGUGGUACAGCCAAUGAUAUCCCUAGAACUGAUGCUAGGGCAGCUUUUCCGGUGUGGCCAAAGUGCUAUGUAUGAUAAACUAAGACGUGGAAGCAGCGGCUUGGGCACCGUUAUCGUUAUCAUCUGCCUAACAUCCGGUUGUAUCGCAUGUGCCAGAUCGGCAGCAGAAUAUAUGCUAUAUAUCGCCGAUCUGUUCAAACAGGUCCUGCCAUGGAAACUUACUCCAGAGGAGCAAUCAACUUGUGUGGGUGCCAUGUCUAGAGAAGUUUGUGAAAAGAUGGCGCCAAUAUGCUGGUUCAAUGGAAAUAACUGUAUACCUAAUACAAUAGGUAAGGCUUAUGUGGCAUACCAAAGUAAAUUCUACCCAUUGAAGGAUGUGGGAGGAGCCAGCAUAGAGCCAUCCAUGCUCUGGGCUAUGUUCGCUAUAUAUGCCAUUGUUACGUUGUUCCAACUAGCAGGAAUGGGUAAUUUUACAUUCACCGCCUCGUUGGUCAUCAUGGUUGCGUUCUUUGUGACCCACGUCCAGGCGUUUCUCACCCUGUCACUUGACGGUGGUAAGGAUUUCCUCUGGAGCAGCGUCAAAAGUUGGCAUUGGUCCAACCUCUACCAAAGCAGCAGAAUAUGGUCCCAUACAUUAAGAUCAUGUAUGUAUGAAUUUAUCGUUGGCAGCGGAAUUUACUCCACGUUGUCAACCAAGUCACGUAUCGGAUAUGAUGUGUCAAAGGAAACCGUGGGAGUAGGCAUCUUCUCAGGGUAUGUUACCAUGCUCGUAUUUGGAGCAGCUUGUGGACUCAUUGGUCACCACGCGAAAGUUCUGAAUGUUCAACCUAAGGAUCUCAUGUGGAUGUUGGAGCAAGACUGCAGUUAUAUACUACUACCCCUCGGCUUCCAAAUUACUCAUAACAUAGAGCGAACAUUGGGUAUGCUGCAGUUCGGCUGCUGCGUUGUUCUAUUGUGCUCCACAUUGGCUAUCCAAAUUGAAGUGGCAGUUGCUAACCUAAAGGAUUUGCCGUUCAUGGGUAUCAACCUCAUGAAUGUAAAUUGGAUACGACUCAUGGUGAUAUUCGUACUACUGCUACUUUCAUUGAGUUUCUCAACACGUGUGGGAAAGGACGUAGUAUGGUUUCUAGAAACCGCUGUUGGUGACCUUGGAAGGUCUUUCACCGUAUUCAUCACCUCUAUAGUUGUAGGAUGGCUGCAUGGAUGUGACAAACAAAAGGAAGUCCUAGGAAAGGCUACAGUAUACACUUUCAACAGUAUUUUCUGGGCAUUCAACUGCAUAGCUUUUAUCUGUGAGACCUGUGAUGAGUCGCUACCCGCAUUAGUAUGGUGGUCGGCACGGGUCCUAGGCAUCAUUAUCGCAACUUUUGUAGCACUACACGUUAAUAAAAAGGAUGAGGAACACUCAAAGAGCUAUAAAGAUGUGCUGUGGUGGUUGUUCUGUGGGAAUGUGGAACAAUUACGCCGCGAGUUUUGCCGUGUUAGUCCAAUAUCAAAUGCUGCGGGCCUGCCAAUGCGUCUCUUCUGGUCGAUAUGUAUCAAAUGGUUUAUACCCUGUAUGAUGAGUAACACAAUUGCCGAUAUCCUGGAAGAACUCAUAGCACCCGGACGACUAACUAAAAACUCAACUUUCAUCCCAAAUGGAUGGCCAUUCGUGACUAUUCUGCUUUGGAUGCUUAUGAUCGCACUAGUUUUUACACCACCACUGUUGCUGUGGAUUGCACCGAGGAUGGUUCCUGUGUACAAUACAAUUAAUCUAGAGGAUUUACCCUCGUCACCAACCAAACACUCAUUCUGGGUGAACUUCAAACCGAGGAACCUAUUUUCAGAGUUCCUAAAACAGAAAAAACAGGAAUGAU